AGUCAGCUCUGGAUCCCCUCAGAGCUAGUCCAGCAUUAGUGGAUGAAUUUUACACAUAAAUCCACUGUUCCUUUGUCAUUUAUGAAAGAUUAUAAUUUGAUUUUUCCUCUGCUGUAUAUUUGUAACUAAACAUCCGAUUCUUUGGGGCACAUUUUUAUUUUUUUCUCUUCAAUUAUUUCUAUAGAAGUAACUUUUCCAAUUAAAUUUUAAUUCUUCGUAUAAUUUAUCUGUGCGGUCAAGAAUUUAAAUAAACUAUAGAAACUGACAAAAUGUCAAAACUAACACUGGACGGUUUCUUUUCAUACUGCAAGCAAAUAGCAGAGCAUAUACAAUUGAGCGAAAGGAUGGCUUCGAUAUCCGGCCAGGGAACUCCUAAGCUGACAUCCGCUGUCGGGAACCUGUACUAUGACUCCAUUCUGCCGUACCGCGAGGAUGCCAAUAUGCAGACCAGGGAGUUCCUCGCCAGGGUGGUGGACGUGCUCCUCGACUUCGUGCAAAAGGUCAACGACAGGAAUGAAAAGAUCUUGGAGUUCAAGAUGCCCGAAGAGAUGCAGAAGCUCCUAGACUUGGAGCUGCACGAUGAGCCUCUCCCUCUGAAGCAACUCCUCGAAGACUGCAAGGCUACGCUCAAGUACCAAGUCAAAACCGGGCAUCCUCACUUCUUCAACCAGCUGUCGUGCGGCCUGGACGUGAUAUCUCUGGCCGGGGAGUGGCUGACGGCUGCUGCAAACACCAACAUGUUCACGUACGAGAUAGCCCCGGUCUUCAUCUUGAUGGAAAACAUCGUGCUGGAGAAGAUGCGCAACAUGAUCGGGUGGAAGACUGGCGAUUCUAUACUGGCACCUGGCGGCUCUGUGUCCAAUCUCUACGCUUUCCUGGCUGCUCGUCACCACAAGUUCCCGCAGUACAAAGAGAAGGGUCUCACCAGCAUCCCUGGGCACCUAGUCAUGUUUACUUCGGACCAGUGUCACUACUCUGUGAAGUCCUGCGCUUCGGUCUGCGGCCUGGGCACAGACUACUGUGUGUGCGUGCCUUCGGACGAACGCGGCAGGAUGAUACCCGCCCAGCUGGAGCGCCUUGUCCGCUACCACAAGGACAAGGGCCACGUCCCGUUCUUCGUGAACGCCACUUCGGGGACAACGGUGCUCGGCGCCUUCGACCCGCUCAGCGAGAUUGCCGACAUCUGUGAGAAGUAUGACAUGUGGAUGCACGUGGAUGCUGCUUGGGGCGGAGGCCUGCUGUUCUCGAAGAAAUACCGUCACCCUCGGCUAACCGGCAUCGAGAGGGCUGAUUCUGUCACGUGGAACCCUCACAAGCUGAUGGGGACUCUGCUUCAGUGCUCCACAGUGCACUUUAAGUAUGAAGGUAUCCUUCUGAGCUGCAACGCUAUGUCGGCUGAAUACUUGUUCAUGACAGACAAGAUCUAUGAUCCUCGAUUCGACACCGGCGACAAGGUGAUCCAGUGUGGGAGGCACAAUGAUAUCUUCAAGCUGUGGCUGCAAUGGCGCGGAAAGGGUACGUCCGGAUUUGAACGCCUCAUGGAUCGUCUCAUGGAGCUAUCAGAGUAUAUGGUGCGCCGCAUCAAGGAGCAGCCGGACAAGUUCUACCUCAUUUUGGAGCCGGAGCUGGUCAACGUGUCGUUCUGGUAUCUGCCGAAGCAGCUGCGAGGGAUUCCUCAUGAUGCCAACAAGGAGAUACGUUUGGGGAAGGUGUGUGCCAAGCUGAAGGGAAGAAUGAUGCAGUCCGGUACCCUGAUGGUGGGCUACCAGCCGGACGACCGCCGCCCCAACUUCUUCAGGAACAUAAUAUCGUCGGCGGCUGUCACGGAAAAGGACGUGGACUUCUUACUCUCAGAGAUGGACCGCCUCGGUCAGGACAUUGUUGUUGAAUAAAUUUAAAUAUGUGUCCGUCAUUAUAAGUGUGGGAACUUACUUUGGAAUAGUGACAUCUGUGUUUUAAAAACGCAAACUGUACGUUUUAAUCCCAUAGCUUGCCGUAUGACUUUUGACAUAGGCAUCUAACGGGUUUUUUUCUUACACAUACAUUUGACAUGUCACUGCGGAGAGGUUAUUCGUCAGUAGCUUUCAAGGGCUAUUCUGGCUUGACCGGUUUGGUAGGUGAACUCACUAGGCUCAGCUUGAAAGAGUUUGCUAAAAUCUGCCUUAACAAGAGCAGUGCUUCACUGAAUCUAGCAUUGGAUCGAAAACAAACCCAGCUGAGUAGUACCGGUGAGAAACUUAGUGUAUUGUGUCUAUGGGUUACGGUUUAAAGCCUUCGUCAAACAGAACGCGUAAUUAGCGCGCGUCAGAGCGCUAAAGUGACGCCGCGCUAUGACGCCGAGAUGUGUUGUACUACUAUGGUAACAUACCGUCAAACAGAGCCCCAGCGCUAUAAGUACGCAGCGCUCUGUCGCGGCGUUAGGACGCUUUGACGUCAGGCGAUGUAAUUUUUUACAAAUUUUAUUUUAGCGUCCGAGUGAAUGUGUAUUAAAAUAGUAGAUAAUGCCCGAAAAAAUGAUAUAAAUAGUUCACUCGAUUUCUUAAUACUUUUAAAUUUUCCCACUGCUAUCGAAAGGCACUAUGAUUUGGCGAAUGCGUUGCGUCAAGGAGCGUUAGACUCAUCUAGUCAAUUUGAAGAGCGCGACGUUAAGUACGCGGCGCUAAGUACGCGUUCUGUUUGACGAAGGCUUAACUUGAAAAUUUCUUAUUUGACAACUGGCAACAAUUAAACCAAUAGCGCCAUCUAGCGUUGAUUAAACAAACUAUUACUUUAAUCCUAAGUAAGUUUCUACCGCUUUAUAUAAUGUUAUAUGUGUAAAGGUUCCAUUAAAAAUCAUUUAAUAUUCGCUGUAUAAAUGUUUAGAUGUCAUUUCGAUGUACGAAAAAAAAAGUAGAAACUAUAUUAACUAAAUAUGAUUAACAUCUUCUCCUAUUGACCGUUGUACGCGCCACCUUUAUUUUGUUGACCAGUGUGCUUGGUGCGAGUUUAUUGAUGUUCUCGCUAGCUAAGGUUUUUUUUAUUCCCCUACCUAUGCUGACAGCCUUGAGAGGCUAUUUCAGCUUCACCCUAACGUUUGUAGGUGAGCUCACGGGGCUCACACCGGAGAGUUGCUAACACUGACCCUAGCAAGAGCAGUGCUUCGCAGAAUCUACCACCGGAUCGGAAACGCGACCCACUGAACUGCGAUAUAAGUUCUAAGGUCUCAGUAUAGUUACAACGGGUGCACCACCCUUCAAACCGAAACGCAUUACUGCUUCACGGCAGAAAUAGGUGGGGUGAUGGUACUGCGUGCGGACUCACAAGAGGUCCUACCACCAGUAAUUACGCAAAUUAUAAUUUUGCCGGUUUCAUUUUUAUUACACGAUGUUAUUCCUUCACCGCGGAAGUCAAUCGUGAACAUUUGUUGAGUACGUAUUUCAUUAGAAAAAUUGGUACCCGCCUGCGGGAUUCGUACACCGGUGCAUCGCUCGAUACGAAUAUACCGGACGUCUUAUCCUUUAGGCCACGACGACUAAAAUUUAUUCUUGUCGAUUCAUUGAAAUAGUUUAUUAAUAUUUUACAGUAAUGGCAAAAGAAAAUCAUGUUAUAUCAAGCGAAAAGCCAAUUUAAUUUGUAUUCUUGAUCAGAUAACUAAUUUAGGAUAUCUAAUAAAAAAAAAAUGUUUAUGAACGCGUGUGAUUAAUUUUGUUGGCAAAUUUUUAUUGUUCUAUAGGGUGCAGAGCGGACGAAUAUUCUCGAUAACACCAUAAAAUGCUAUCGAAAUAAUAGAUUUGAUUAGUGUUUUUAAUGUAACCUUAGGUAGCAUUACUAUAACUCUAUAAUUGUCGCGCAAACUUAUCUCUCAGGUGGCGUUUGAGUUUUCGUGAGCACAUUGUACGUUUUAUCUAUUACUAAUAUAUAAAUAAAUCUACAGUGGUUUUUACGGAUGUUCCGUUAUAACUACUGAACCAUGCAUCCGAUUGACUUGUAACUGGGUAUCCAUGUAGAAAAUACAUGUACCUAAUGGAUAGGCUAAUAUUUAUAUGAGUGUUGGACUCCCUACACCAGUUGCGGGGGCGUUAAUGAUGAGAAUCUUCGUGGGGGUGAGAAAUAAUAAUGUUAAUUUUAAAUGGCCAGCGAAGCGGACGGGUGUACAGCUAUAAAGUUCUUUAUAUUUUCUAACAACAUAUUUCUUGUUAUCUCCGCUUUUGAAUUAGUCUGCACCCUGCGUUCUUAAAUUAGGAAAAAAAAAAUAGAUUUUUUAAGUAGACAUGUCUAUAAUUUAUAACUGUGCAAAGUAUUCUACGAUUUGUUUGUUAUUGAAAAUAAAAAUUUAAUCCGUCUCAAACAAAUGACGUAUAAUAGAAGAAAAAAAAUACUUUACAUUAAAAUAUGACACUGAAAAUAAGUUUUCUCUGAAAUUAAUAUAACAUUAUCGUUAUUAGAAGCUUAAAUGCGUAAUGUUUUCAAAUGCUAUUAAAUAUAUUUAUAGGUUAUUCGAAUUUUAGGAGCUGUUGUGAGUGUAAUUGCGCUUUGAAUGUUAUUGUAAGAAUUAAGACGUUGCUUUUAAUAUUAUUAAAAUAUUUUGUAGUUCACGCGUCAGUAAUGGCGGGCGUCAUAGAUUAUACACUUAAUAUUUGAGACUAGCUGCGCGCCACGUGGAAUUUAACAAAAUAGAAAUAGCCUAAGUUAUUCCUUGUUAUACCAGCUAUCUGCUAGUGAAAGUCCCGUUGAAAUCAACAGACAGACAAAAAUUAUAGAAAAUAUCAUUUUGAUAUAUAUGUGUCGUAUAUACAUUCAUAUUCAUGUAUUGAGAAGUGGUUAUAUUAAUAAUACAAACAGACACUUGAAUUUUAUUUAUAAAUUGGCGGGCGUAUUGUAGGCAGCUGUUAGAAAUACUAUUUGUAAUUUCAAUCUCUAGUUUCAAGAUGGGCAGUGGCACUGCUCUGUGGUGUCUAUGACCAUAGUAGACUUGACUCUAGUUGAAUGGACUGAACAUAUUUAAACAGUAACAACAAUACUACAACCACAGACAUUUCUUGCAAAAAAUACAUUAUUCUUUCUGUAAUUUUCAAUUUGUGUUUAGAAUGCUAUUAACUAUUUAGACAAUUUCUUAGAAUAAAUGUUUAGGAUACUUAAUUAAUGUAUAGUAUAAUACUAUAAUAUUAAAUUUAAGUAAGAUAUCCGCUGGAAUAUCCGUGGCGGUCUAUUAGUUAGCCCAGCGGUUUGCUGUAAAUAAAUAAUAAAUAAAAUCAUGUUAUAUAAGACAUAUCUCCCGUUUUGCCAAUUAAUACGUGUAUUCUGUAUUUUGUCGAGAUAUAUUAAUAAAUUAAAAGUCCGUAGAUUUCAGCUUGUUUCGGUGUUUCGAUGUAGCUUUUGGAAGUAGAGAAAAUAGCAGAGAGCUUUCGUUUUAAUCUCAAAGAGAAAUUAAUCUUCACGAAAUUAUGUAACACGCUGUUCAUUAAAUAUAUUUAAGUUGCAUAAUAUAUUUUUAAGAUAUGCGUAAAUCAAAUUAAACUAUUUUUGUGUAUUUAUUUAUUUUAUACAUAGAAUAGGUACUACUCGUAUAAAACAUUUAUUUAUUUACUAAAAAAAUUAUUUAUUUAUUGUAUUUAAUAAUAAUAAUGUUCUAUUACUUAAUUAAAUUAAUAUAAAACUUCAAGUGUCAGUGAUUAAGUGCCUGUGUCAACUUUUGAAAAUCUUUUGGCCUAUGACGAUCACUAACAAAGAACUGUGGCUGAUCACCAAGCAGACACCAAUGGAGAAGGAGAUCCUUACACGGAAGAGGCAGUGGAUUGGUCACAUAUCAAGAAAGCCCGAUAUUCACAAUCCAAGACAGCACUGACCUGAAAAGUGUCUGGCAAAAGAAAGAGAGGCCGUCCCAGAACAACUUGACGUCGGAGCAGGAGAUGGGCGUCUUGGACAUGGAGUUAAAAGGUGCGCGCUCAAGACCGAUGUAAUAUUUAAAACAAAAACACAUGCCCGCUGAGUUUCUUGCCAGUUCUUCUCAGGACGGAGGCUAGUUCUUGUGAAUUGGCGGUAGUUCGUUUUGUACUUUCAUUUAUGUUGAAUUUUUUUUAUUUAUUUGAAGUGAUUUGAUGUAAUUGGAAGGAUUUGAUUCGAGCCCUACACCCCAGCAGAGGGUAAUUGGAAAGAAAGAAGAAGAUUACAUAAUUGAAUAGUUAAGCAGCUAAUUUGAUUAACUAUAAUUUGCAUUCCGCUCAUACAUAGAUAAAGUAGAUUAUGUAGGUAAGUACUAAGUAAUUAGCAAUAGUCUUGAGAAUUUUAUUUUUUUAUUAAAAUUUUUAUAGUUAACCUCCAAAUUGUGAUUCUCAACUACAACUUUUUUUUUUAUAAUUAUGUAAACUGUUUCUGGUCACCCUGGCAAUUUUUUACGUUUUAUUAUUGCGAACGAAUUUUAGCACAUGUUUCAUUGAUUCUAUUUAAAAAAAUUUUUAUCAUAGAUAAUACAAUUAUGAUUUAUAUUAGACAAUAUAAUCUUAAUAGAUCUUAGCUUAUCAUUUAGAAUAAUCUAGACAGAUUAUUCUAAAUGAUAAGCUAAGAUCUGUACAUAUAAUAAAGAAACGAAAUGUGACAAUGACAAUAUUAAUUGUAGGAAAUAAACUUAAGUGGAUCGUGUCUUCCAUAGUCGUAAAUAUAUUUAGGGAGAAAUUUUCUAUAUCAUAUACAUCGAGAAAUCAACUGGUGGUAAAUUAAUCAGAAUUUUAGUAUAGCUGCGAAAGAAUUAAUUCUAUCAGAUGUCCUAUGAUUCUUUAACACAUGCAUGCAAUAGAUAUCUGCUCCUUACAGCCUUUCUACAUUUCUACUAGCUUCAUGGUUUUCUAUACGCAAUUUCGAUUGAUGUGUUGGUGACAUUUUGAGAUAACGCAAACCAAAAUUCAUACAAAAUCAUUUAAUACCAAAAUAUUAACCAAAUACAAGAAUACGUUAGAAAUAGGGUUGUCACCUUUUUUUUGCAGAUAAAGUACAUUGGUUAUAUUAUUAUAGGUUGGAAAAAAAGUAUAUCGUAUUAAAAUGAAGUACAAUUUAUUUAUUAUUAUUAUUAUGUUUAAAUACAUACAAAUUAAACAAGUAAUUAUGACAAUUAAUGACAGUGAAUUUAUUGAAAUUUGAGAUCAAGUUGCGUUCAGAAAUAUUUGUUAAAAAAACGAGUGCUUAGGCGAUGUGGCGUUGACGAGUGAGAAAUCGAUGUAUUUCGCUUUACAAAAAAAUACAUAUUAUGACUAAACUUUUCAAAAUCCCAAAGAAACCGAAUCAUGCCAAAUAAACUAUUCUCGUGUACUUUAUUGUUCACAUAAAUUAUAGAGUUCAAUUACCUUAAAUAACGUACAAUACUUUAUUAUAAAGUACGGGUGACAACCCUAGUUAGAAAUGUCUUGUUCAAAUGUUUAAAAUUCCACUUUUUAUUAUAGCUUCAUUUGUGCAACUCGACUUUCUAUAUCUGUAUUGUACUUCUUAUGGUGGAUAUAUCCUACCUGUAGAAUUUAUGUGGCUUAACCCUAAAUUAUUGUUUUUUGGUAAACACCAAAAAUAUAAUUGAAAAAUUUAAUUUUUCCAGUUUAAAUUUAGUUCUUUAAAUGUAAUGUAGUACAUUUUAAAGUUUAAAGCAUGCGCUUGAUUUAACAGAGAUGGAAUGCGUAUGUACUGUGUUUUUUUAUAUUAAAAUUUGAAUUUAUACUUUAAUUUUUUCAAAUAAAAUUUAAAUUAUUAACUUCAAUUUUUAAAAUUUAAUUUUUUGAACUGAUAGAAUGAAUAUAUGUUUAUAAGUCGCUUUUUGAAAUAUAAAAUUCAUUUUCUUCAAAUUUUUUAUUAAGCCACUUUAAUUCUAAAAAUGCGAUUUGCAGACAUUUAAAAUCAUGUGGUUAGCUUCUUUAAUCUUUGGAAAUUUGUAAUGUAGAUAGUGAUAAUCAAGUACAUGAAACAGUUGCAAGCAAAAAGUUUUCUUCUACAUCCUACAACAUAAAUCAUCAUGAAGCUAUUGGUUACAUAUGAGAAUGUCUAUAGAAACUAACUGGCUUUUGUAGUCGUAUUUUGUGAAUCAGUUCAAUGUGUUAAUAAAAAAAUAAUAGAUUCAUGUUAGUAGUUAUUGAUUGUUUAAAGUAAUAUUUGUGAAAGCGACAAACAGUUUGAUCGUGUUACUAUAAUUAUAAUCAUUGAUGGAGUUCAGAAAUCGACUGAUUAUUGUAUUGCGCGCUAAUGCUGGUAACAUUAUUAGCCCACUUAGCUUCCAGAUGGGCAGUAGAAGUAUCUACCUUAUUGUCUAUCGGGUCAUUAACAUAACAAUUAGUUUUUUUUUUCCUGCCUAUGCUGAUAGCCUUGAGAGGCUAUUUCAACUUCACCCUAGCGUGUAGGUGAGCUCUCGGGGCUCAAACCGGAAGUAUUGCUAACACUGGCCCUAGCAAGAGCAGUGCUUCCCAGAAUCUACCACCGGAUCGGAAACGCGACCCACAGAAGAUCCGGCGAGAAACUCAGUGGGCUGUGUCUGUGGGUUAAUUCACUCGUCGAGCCCUUCGUCACAAGCGGACGGGUUCGGCGAGGACGGUGACCGGUGCUUGAGGUACCUAAAAGCACCGUUAAUGGAUCGGGAGGAUCCGUAAUGACGUGUCGAGGGCGACGUUGACUGUUUACCAUUCGGUCCACAGGAUCGGGUAUGGAUUAGUUUCGUUGUUGCAAGCUCUUUCAACUAACGGCAAGUUGUAAAUUUAAAUAGCAACGAUUGCAUUUAUUUUAUUUAACAUUAGCCGCUCGAGAAUAAAAUUAACACACGCGUCUUAAUUUACAUUAUUAACACACCUAGUAAAGUUUUUCAUACUCAAUUAACUUUAGUACGUAGUUAUGUGUAGUUGGUCUAUGUUGUGGUUGUAGAUUAGAUGAGUCGUCUAUUAUCAAAGGUGGCAAUCUGUGCAUUUGGACAAAAAAAUGUUAUUGAUAUGUCAAUACAGAUUGAUAUGAAUAUAAUCGUCUCCUUCAAAGAAUGCGGUUCAAAACCUGCAUUAAAUAAAGGUUAAUACUGAACCUGUUAUUUAUCUAAGAUGUCGUUCAGAAGAGUUUUGUGACUGCCAAUGGAAUACAAAGUCAAUAAUUCAUUUUUAUGAUUUACCAAUAAUUGUCCAAAAGUCACAUUGCCGGCUUUGAUAAUAGUCGACUCAGAUAGAGUAUAAUGAGUCUCAUAAUAUGUCUUCUGUGCAACGUGUCGUAAAUAAUUACAUAAUUGAUUUGAGCUAAAAGCUUUAUUACGUAUUAUCUUUGCUUGGUUACUAUAACCGAGAAUCUUAGAAAUAUUGUUAUUUAAUUUAAAAUUAAAUUUUAAAUGUUCAAUGAAUGCGCUUCUAUGUUUAUGUUUAAAAGAGAAAAUCUAUUUUCAAUGUCAUAUUGUAAAUUACGAAACGUGUCUUCCAUUUUAAGUGUGUUCAAAAACCAUUUAGUUGAACGUGUAAUUAAUUAUGUAGGACUGUUAGAUUGUUUAGUGUUUAGAAAAGGUUAACUUGCAGUUUUUGAGCAUUCUUGUAAUGAUAUUAUCGUAAUUGUUGCUGUAUGUAAAGAUAUAAUGUGUAUAACCAAUAAAAUUGUAUUGUUGUUAA